AUGGAGAGCUACAAUCCGUCCGAGGACCCUGGUCCAACUUUCUGCGUUGGGCACCAUGAACAUAACAGACUGGUUACCGUCACCCCGAGGGUGAUUCAGAAUGUCCACGAAAGCAAUUAUGAUAUGAUGACCGUCCCAAUCACGACGUCGCAUUUCCAUUCGCGUGUCUUGGGCUUAUUGUCUGCCUACCUGACCAAUUUACAACCUGCGACGUAUGAUGCCGCGGGGACCAGAGCGACUACGGCGAACACCCGUCCGCUGGUUGUGCCAUCGCUUUCCAAGGCAGACUCAUACCUCACUCCCAAUGAUGCCACUAGUCAAUUGGUUGGAGUCACCAGUAGCUGGAUUGAUUUGUGCUCCCCUGAUCCAUUGAUUGCGGACUUGUCCCGGCAAGUUCUAAUGUUGGAGGUUGCAUACGCUGCCUUUUGCGGAAUUGGGUAUCUCUUGAUUCCUGGACCAAAGCUGCACCACGGUGCCCUGCAUUCCGAAGGUGUCAUUUACUAUGCUCGCGCCAUUCAGGAUGCCUUGAACCUCGGCCCCUACAUCCAAUUCCAUAUCUGGUUGCAGAUGGUCGACAACCCCGAGACUGAAGUGGACACAAUGGGCGACCUGGCGCCCCUAGCCCGCGCGGAUUUCCUGGAGCCAGAUGACGGGAUUCCGCCUAAGGUUGAUCCCUUCGGAACCUGGGAUGCUUGGGAUGCAAUCAGAAAGACUUCGAAAUACCACACUAGAUUGUUCGUUGCACUCACCAUGCCCAAGCAAUUACCCUCAUUAUUCGUGCAGUCACGAUGGCACUCCGAGCCUGUGCACUUGCUCACAAUCGAUGGAUCUGCCUUCCUCAAGAACCAAAAGGGAUACCCAGUCUUGUCCAAGUCACACCAAGCCUUUAUUGCGAAGAUGAUGCGCCUUCGUACCGCGCCUUGGAUUCUGCUCUGUGGCGUUGGCCCCAUUCCUGGACUCGAGAACUCCGAGGACCCUGAAAACCACCAGGCCGAAUCUGAUUACCCAAGCCUGUCUCAGGCUAGCAAAAAGCAUCACGAUCCAACUCCUCAUCUCUCUUACAUUCGCAAUCUUCAACAGCGCCAGCCAGCGCGCACUGCGAUCGAGAGGUUUGGUACUGGGUACCAGGACUAUCUGCAAGCACCUCUGCAGCCACUGACUGUCAAUCUGGAGAGUAUCACAUAUGAAGUUUUCGAGAAAGAUCCUAUAAAAUAUGAGUGGUAUGAGAAGGCCAUAUACAAGGCGUUGAAAGACUGGGCCGAGCAGAAGAAGCCCACGUCCCACCCAGAUGGAAAGGUAGUCCUUGCAGUUGUGGGCGCAGGCCGUGGCCCUCUUGUCACUCGUGCUCUCAAGGCCAGCGCCGAGGCUGGUGUUGAGAUUGAUAUGUGGGCUGUGGAAAAGAAUCAGAAUGCUUUCGUGUUGCUUCAGCGCCACAAUGAGACUAUUUGGGGUGGUAAGGUUACUCUCGUGCAGUCGGACAUGCGCGCCUGGAAGGGCCCUCGCGUGCCGAAGCUAUCCACCCAAGAGUCGAAAGCCCCCGUGGGAGAAUCUCUCGGUAUUGAAGAUUCUUUGCUCCACAAGAAGGGCGAGAACGAUGAAAGCCACGCAUCUACAUUUGCGCAACCCCAGGAUACUGAGAUGUCCUACACUCAUGCCGAUAUCAUUGUGUCGGAGUUAUUGGGAUCCUUCGCAGACAACGAACUCUCCCCAGAAUGUCUGGAUGGCGUGAACGAUUUGAUCAACCCUGUGCAUGGAAUUUCUAUUCCAGCCUCGUAUUCCGCUCAUUUCACACCAGUCUCUGCUCCAAAGUUGCACUCUGAUGUCGUGCACCAGACUGUAUCUAACCCUGCGGCCCCGGAGACCCCAUAUGUCGUGAUGCUACAUGCUAUCGAUUUCCUUUCCACCACCACCGAUACACCCGCAUCGACUGAACCCUCCAACUCUGGCGAGAGUAAUAGAGCAUCUACCCCAACAGCGUCUUUCUCUGCAACUGAGUUCCCAACUCCCUUUGUUCAGACUGCUUGGUCCUUCUCUCAUCCGAACCGACACAUCCCUGCCCAGUCUCCCAUGCAGUCGACUAUCUCGAACGCACAUAAUGUGCGACAGACUCGCCUGACAUUCCCUGCUCAAAACCGAGGUGCAUGCCACGGCCUUGCAGGCUACUUCGAGACUGUGCUCUACGGAGACGUGGAACUGUCAACUAACCCAGUCACCAUGGAUGCCAAGAGUGCUAGCAUGAUCAGCUGGUUCCCCAUAUAUUUCCCCCUGAAAACUCCCCUUAAUGUCCCCGAAAACGGAGAAAUUGUGGCCACUAUGUACCGCCAAACCGAUGAUCGCAAGGUCUGGUAUGAAUGGAUGGUUGAAGUAUAUGCCCUCGAGCGCAUAAACUCAUCCAAGCCGAUCCCCACGAGCAGCUUGCGAGCUGGGUCUCCCAGCGUGGACAGCUUGAAGACCAAGGAGACUCCCGUCAAGCCAUCUCGUGCUAGCCACCGCCGAGUGCGGGUCGGGAUCAGUGAUCUGCACUCUAGCAUCAAGGAUGGAUGCUUAAUGUGA